AUGGAAGCCGCCGCCGGUUCGAGCCGCGGUGCCGACCCUUGCUGCGGGCUGUGCCUGGCCCAGAGGGCGCCUUACACCUGCCCGCGCUGCCACCUGCGCUUUUGCUCCGUGCCUUGCUACCGCGGACACGGCUCCUGCGCCCAGGACUUCCAGCGCCGCGAGUGGCAGCUCCGGCUCCGGGGACAGCGGGAGGACCCGGCCUCCCAACGCCGCUUGAGGGAGGCCCUCCUCCGGCUGCGGGAGCUACGCGAGCCCGGGGACGCGGGCCUCCAGCUAGGCCUCGACCCCGCUUUGGAGCAGGCGGCGCUCGAAGAGCUGUGGGGGCAGCUGAGCCCGCAGCAAAGGAAGCGUUUCCAGCGGUUGCUGAGCAGCGGGGAGAUCUCGGCUCUCUUGCCCCCUUGGCAGCCGUGGUGGGCGGGGCGCGGCCGUGGGGCAAGGCUGGUUCAGGAGCUGGGGGAGGCCCCUGGGGGCCCCGAGACCCUCCACGCCCCUUUGCAACAGCCGGGAUCCUCCCAGCGCCCUGAAGCCGUGCAGCCACCCUUGACUCCGGUGCCUUUGCAAGAGAUCUCCACCAGCACCCAAAGCCCUGCACAGCCGGUGGAUGCUUCGACUGCAGUGCCUACGGUGCCCGGUGCCAUCCCCCCCUUGAGCAGCUUGACCCGGUCGCCCGUCUCGCCCCUGGUUCGCUUCCAGUUGCCCAACGUGCUGUACGCCUACGCCUAUUCCCUGGCGCUGUACAACGGCGACAUGGAGGAGGCCCAGCUGCUCCCUGAAUUUUGUGAAACGGUCCUGGACACCUCGGGGGCUCUGGGGGCCAAGCAGGGCUUCAGGUCCACGGCAGAGGCCCUCCAAGCGGCUCUGCAAGCCGUCACCUCAGGGCGGUACCCCGAGUGCCUGCUGGGGAACGCCGGGGUGAUGGCAGCGGUGGCCCAGAUCUUAAUGGGAGAAUGCCAAGCCAAGCAAAAGGGGUAUUCCUUGGCUGCCCUUGCCCACCUUUCCCGGCUGCUGAGCAAAGGGAAGAGGCGGGUGCCCGCCGAGGAUCAACCCAGGCUGUACACUGCCAAGAAAAAGUGUGAAUUUCUUUUGUCCUGGGUGAAUGAUAAUGAAGAGGAGUUAGCCCUCCUGGCCUUGGAGGUGCAGAGAGAAUACAAAGCCCAUCUGGAUGCGGUCAAGGAGGUGGGAGCUGUCACCCAGGAGCUGGAGAAGAUGUGGGGGGCCAAAGUGCCUCCCCCAAAAAAGACCUUGAUAGAAGAAUUGGAUUGA